AUGGCUCCCAACUCAACGAAGCGGAGCGCCGCUAAGGACGACGACUUCGUCCUGACUCUGUCCGACGACGAAGACGUUUCCCGAUUCGACGAGGAAGAUAACGAGGGCGCCGACGAGGUUUCCUCGGCUGCCGAUACGAAAAAGCGCAAGCGCGAGGCCGAAGCUCCCAAGAGCAAGAACAAGAAGCAAAAGCAGCAAGCUAAGAAUGUGAAGGGCAUGAAGGGCAAGCCUGGGCCCGUGCUCGAAGAGUCUGAAGACGAGGAUGAGGAGGGCGAAGAUGCCAUUGGUGCAGAUGACGAUGCCCUGAAUUCCGAUUUCGAGUUUGAUGUUGGCGGUGUUGCCAAUCGUGGAGUCACCGAGGGCUUCGACGGUUGGGGCCUGGACGGUUCCAAGGUGAACGGCGCUGGUGAUAAGAAGGCCGUGGACAUCGACGAUAUCAUCUCUCGGAGAAGGGAAAAGCAGGAGGCCGCAGCAAAGAAGAAGCAGAAGAAGCAGGCCCAAAAGGAGGAGAGUGCCAGCGGCUCGGACGAAGGGGAUGCCGAGGCCGACGGCGGCAUGGAGGUGGACUUUGAGGACGACGAGCUUGUCGCCGACGAUGCUUUUGGCAUGGGCGCUAAUGGCGAGGAAGAGAGCGAGGCCGAGGGCCCUGAAGUUGGCUCUGGACCUGAGGACAGUGAAGACGAAGACGAGCAAAACGACGACGACGACGAUGCUGCAUCCGACAACGACUCCGUUGCUACUCCAGUGGGCCACCCCGACGACAUAGGCUCUGACGCGGAAUCCGAUGUUGAGAGCGAGGUGGAUGCCGAGGAAGCUGAAAAGCGGAAAGCCUUCUUCGCCCCUGAAGAGAAGGUAGAGGACAAGGCCUCUAUGGCAAAGAGCACAUUCCAAGACUUCAACCUCUCUCGUCCGAUUCUCCGAGGAUUGGCCUCUGUCGGCUUCACUGACCCGACCCCUAUUCAGCGCAAGGCUAUUCCCGUGGCUCUACUGGGCAAGGACAUUGUUGGUAGCGCCGUCACCGGUUCCGGAAAGACAGGUGCCUUCAUCGUCCCCAUUCUCGAGCGUCUUCUUUUCCGUCCCCGCAAAACACCUACCAGCCGUGUCGCCAUUCUGAUGCCCACUCGUGAGUUGGCCGUGCAGUGUUACAAUGUUGCUGUCAAGUUGGCGACCUUCACCGAUAUUACGUUCUGUCAGCUUGUUGGUGGUUUCAGUCUUCGCGAGCAGGAGAACGUGCUCAAGAAGCGGCCCGAUGUGAUCAUUGCCACUCCCGGUCGUUUCAUCGACCAUAUGCGCAACUCGCCGAGCUUGACUGUGGACACCCUUGAGAUUCUGGUUCUUGAUGAAGCCGAUCGUAUGCUGGAGGAUGGUUUCGCGGACGAGCUGAAUGAGAUCUUGACUACGAUCCCCAAGUCACGCCAGACCAUGCUGUUCUCUGCUACCAUGACAGACACCGUCGACAAGCUGAUCCGUGUCGGUCUCAACCGCCCCGUCCGCCUGAUGGUGGACGCGAAGAAGCAGACUGCCCUCACGCUGACGCAGGAGUUUGUUCGUCUACGACCUGGCCGGGAGGACAAGCGCCUAGGAUGUCUGUUGCAUCUGUGCAAGGAGAUUUACACUGGUCGCGUGAUCAUUUUCUUCCGGCAAAAGAAGGAGGCGCAUCGCGUCCGCAUCAUUUUCGGGCUGUUUGGAUUGAAAGCCGCCGAGUUGCACGGCAGCAUGAGUCAAGACCAGCGUAUCAAAUCCGUUGAGAACUUCCGUGAUGGCAAGGUUGCCUUCCUGCUCGCCACUGAUCUGGCCUCUCGUGGUCUUGAUAUCAAGGGUGUGGAGACCGUUAUCAACUACGAAGCCCCACAGAGCCACGAGAUCUACCUGCAUCGUGUCGGCCGUACCGCCCGUGCUGGCCGGUCCGGACGUGCAUGCACAAUCGCCGCCGAGCCCGACCGGAAGGUGGUCAAGUCGGCUGUGAGGUCCGGAAAGGCCCAGGGCGCCAAGAUUGUCAGUCGGGUAGUUGAGACGGCCAUUGCCGACGAGUGGACUCAGAAGGCCGACGAUCUUGCUGACGAGGUCGAGGAGAUCCUGCAGGAAGAGAAGGCCGAGAAGCAGCUGGCACAGGUUGAGAUGCAAGUCAACAAGGGCGAGAACCUGAUUAAGCACGGCCAUGAGAUCAUGGCGCGCCCGAAGCGGACGUGGUUCGAGACGGAGACCCAGAAGCGGGCAGCGCGCAAGCUGGGCCGGACCGAAUUGAAUGGCCCCGAUACGAACCAGUCGAAGAAGGACAAGGUGAAGCUGAGCAACAAGGAUAAGAAGCGGCUGGAUGAUGCGAAGAUGCGACAGGAGGGAAAUAUCGGGUGGAAAAAGGGAAGGUCGGAGCGCGACGCUCCGAAGACUAAAGGCAAGGGCAAAGACAAGAAGAAGUGGAAGAAAUAA